AGGCACACAAGGGUUAAAACGCUGAGAGCUGCAGAGCUGGAGCCUGGAUCAUAUCUGUUAUUGUAUCCCAGGCUUACCUUAUCCUCUCUAAUCUUAAAUAUAUAGAUGCUGGCUUAGCAACUUAGCCCUGAGUGUGAUCUGCUGGAUGCUGGGAGCUAGUUGUCCAAGGAGAGCCCUACUCAGUAGGUGGAAACGUGUCUUGUACGAGACUAAAGGAAUUCCAGGUCCAGAUCUCAUGGGGUCAAACUGAGGAACCGCCAGGAACCAAGUUCUAGAAGAUCAGUGCUUUGUCUUAGUGGAGGAGGCAGAAGAUCUCUCAAGGGUUACCAUGAACAUCAUUGGGAGUUACCAGCACCACCAUAUGAUGCCUGAACCUUUUAUCUUUACUCCCACCUCCAGAUGUCACCAGGAAAGACCUUACUUCCAGGGAUGGGUCCUCAACCCAGGAGAAGUGUCACCAGAAUUUGCCACCCAGCCUCCCUACAGCCCUGAAUAUGGCACUGUAGGCCCAUCCCAGACCGGCACCCGCCUGGAGGCCCUGACUGGUAGACUGAGCAGGAGGAAGGGGGUCCCCCCUAAAAAGGAGAGGAGAAGGACAGAAAGUAUUAACAGUGCCUUUGCAGAACUUAGAGAAUGUAUCCCAAAUGUGCCAGCCGACACCAAACUCUCAAAAAUCAAGACCCUCAGGCUGGCCACUAGCUACAUUGGCUACUUGAUGGACGUUCUGGCCAAAGAUACAGAGCCUGGGGGCACGGAGGGCUUUAAGGCUGAGCUCAAGAAAGUAGAAAGCAGAGACUGCAAAAGGAAAAGAGAAGGGAGUGAAGGAUUCUGGGGUAAUAGUCCAGCAGGAGAGAAGAAGAUGAAGGGUCGGACAGGGUGGCCACAACAGGUCUGGGCCUUAGAACUGAACCCUUAAAAGUUGCCUUAAUUACCCUGAAUGCACUGUAACUGCCUUACAGAAUCAUAGACAAAUGGAAGCUAAUAACUGAGCACUCUUCUUAAGGCUGGGUAGGAAAGGACAGACAAACUUAUGUGCAAUUUAAAAAAUCUAUUUCUUUGGACAAUUGUAGGAUUUUUUUUUUUCUUUUGUGAAGACAGGAUUGUGCACAAAUGAUUACCAUGUGUUUGCGUGAGAAGUCUGCAAAUUAUAAACUGCCUUCAAUGGAUCUAUAUGUAAAGAACCAAAGAAUGUAUAUAACAAUAUAAUAGGUUGGACUGUUUAUAUAUUGUCACUAUGUCUCAGGGAUCUUGUUUUUUUUUUUUUAUAUACUUUUCAUACACACUUAUAUGCUUGAGCAAGUUUUUAAAAAACAUUUUGCAUAGAGAUAUAAAACACAGAAUUGAAAAAUGUUCCCAACAACAAAUGCAGAAAAUAUUUUACAUCUUAAUAUGUGGUCGUUAUUAAGAUUUUUGUGCACUGUGAGCUACUUUUUGGACAUUAUAAUAUGUGCAAUCAAUAUAAAUAUAUAUAUAUGUAUAGAAUAAUGAAAUAGUGGUCAUGGGCAGUCUCCCCAAAACAGCAUUGUCUCCUAAGCCAAAAUACAUUUUUAGUCAAAUCAAGUUUUCUUAUUUUUUUUUUUUUUUUAAGUUAAUGCAUCAGGGAAACAAUUCUGUAGCCAGCUUCAAGCUCAUAAAAUGGUCAGUAAAUUAGAAGCAAAGUGUUGAUAUAUACUACCAUGCUGAUUUCCUAUAGGGGGGGGGGGUCCUCCUUCUACAAAUUGUGCCCUUUCUAGUCUUCUCUAAUGAGUGGUUUCUUAAUUGAUAUUUUCAGCUAAACUGACUAGAAUAUCUAUUUUUUGCUGUGUGUAAAUAAUAAAAAAAGAAAAUAUUUUUCAAAGUUAAAA